AUGGCUGAGGCAUUUGGAGUCAUCACUGGCCUUCUAGGCGUCUGGCAAUUUGCCGAAGACCAUUUCCCCGCGGAUGAGACACCUGCGUCAAACUACCGCGUCACCGUCGGCCUCGAAGGAUUUGAUGCCAAUGGCCAAACGCUCACAAAUGCUAAGGGGGAAAUUGAGACCAUCAAGACCUACAAUGUUCAGCAUGAGUUGAUUGGCUCAGGAGGCGGUCUCACCGUCGGCGAUGGAGAAGAUGACCAGUUCGGCGACAUCAAGGUUGACCAAGAGGGGAACUCCCAGUCCAUAUGGACUGAAUUCUUUGCUGGAGAUGAUGCCAUUUGCAUUGCUGCUAUCACAACCACCAUGGAAGAGGGCACUAAAUGGGGGUGGACUGGUGACUGGGGCUACUGGUGCGGACUCAACUGGUUCCCAAGUGGAUAUAGGCUAAAAAACGACCAGGGCGUGGUUGAUGCGUGUACUUGGAUAGACAAGGACCACAGCGAAGAUCUCAAAGCGGCCGCAAUCGGGAUCAAUUGGAGCGAACUCGGGGCCACCGAAGGCCAAAAGACGCCUAGUCAAAGCGAGUUGCUGAAGAAAUGCGGUGACAAAAUGCAGGCGUGGCCCGAGGACGGCGGUAAACAGAUGCUGCCAGUAAACGACAAGAAGAAGCGGUCGUCUUCCGUGUUCCGACGCUCCCAGCGUUCCGACGACCGCCUCAUCGUCAGCAGACUCAACCACAACGCCACCGAGGUCUGCGACUCGUGGUCCUCCUGGGGCCCUGACUUUGUCUCGGAGCAGGAAGGCAUUUAUUGCAACAUGGAGACCCACGAGGCUAUCCCUCUUUGCAACGCAGAUAAGACGGUCGACUGCUUUGACCUGAACACAUCCCACGGCCCUGCCAUGGUCCGUCGAAACGGCAAGAGAAGCCCUCGAAACCCCUCUCAAGUUGUUACCUGGGCUUAA